AUGCCUCACCCUCCUCUGGUCAUCCCCGAUCUCGCCAUCGUUCCGUCUUCCCCCUCUGCGAAGUAUCUCGGGGCUCACUUCGAUCAGGAGCUUCGGUGGCAUGUUCAGGCUCAGUACGCGGUGAAGCGAGGUUUGGACUGGACGCUUCAGCUCCGACGCCUUGCCAAGCCAUCUAGCGGUUUGUCGCCUGGUCAGGUACGGCGUCUUUUCAUUGCAGUCGCUCUACCAAAGAUGGGAUAUGCUCUUGAUGUAUGGUGCUCCCCCCUUAUCGAU